AUGCGAAACAAUCGCUAUCCUUCGCUUCUCACGGUUCCGCUGAUCGCUGCGACAGCAACCACAGCCGCGAGCCAACUCUUCAUUCCUUUCUAUGGGACCAGUGCUAAUGGGUUUAAUGCACCUCCUCGCGGAUGGAACUCUUUUGGUAUGCAAGCCCGCGGAGGGACGACAUUCACCCUGAAUCAGGCCAAUAUCCAAAGCCAAUGCGAUCUUUUGAACGCCACGGCUGGAUAUACUUUGUGUAGCCUGGAUUCAGGUUGGUCGGGAAAUGGAGGCGACCAAUUUGGUCGUCUUGUACCGGACACUUCUCUUUUCCCAAACUUAACAGCACUUGCGAAUCACCUGCACUCACAGGGCAAGCUUCUCGGGAUAUAUGCUCUUCCAGGAGCAUUAUCGGGCGACGCAGGAGUUACUGUUGAAGGAACCAAUAUCAAGCUGGGAAGUUUGUUUGACACAAGCCAGCCGAGCUAUAAUCUUAGGCAGACAUUUGAUUUCAGCAAAAACGGCGUUCAACAAUGGCAUAACUCUGUAGUUAACAACUGGGCUGCAAUGGGUGUGGAUUAUAUCAAGCUCGAUUUCAUGACUCCUGGAAGCCCUGACGCCGGCGAAACUCUACCUGCCAAUAACUCUCUGGCGGCUGUGGCUUACCAUAAGGCAAUUCAACAAGCUAGUCGCCCUAUGAGAUUGGACCUCUCGUGGAAGCUUGACCGGAACUCUGCGGCAGAUUUCUUCCUUUGGCGCGGUAACGCAGAUGGCCUGCGUCUGGACCAAGAUAUUAACAACGCCGGUCAAAGCACAUUUUUGGGAUUCAGUACGGUGCAGCGAACUAUUGAACAGUAUCGAAGCUUCAUUAAUCAGCAAGAAGAAGACCCAGCACGUCAGGGCACCCCUAUAAUGAUACGGCCAGACAUGGAUAACAUGUACACCGGUAACGCCCAGUCUCUUACUGGCCUUUCAAACGUUCAGAGAUACACAGUUGCAAUCCAUUGGGUUGGGGCAGGGGCAAACCUGAUUACCGGCUCAGAUCUGUCACAGCUUGACACGCUUGGGAGGGAGUUGCUUUAUGACCCUGAAUUUCUCUCAGUCGCUGAUUUCACAGCUCAAUAUCCGAUGCAGCCGAAAAAUCCAUUUGGCACUUCCAAUCCAGGGUCCCAGGCAUCCGAGCAGCUCCAGGCAUGGAUUGCUGGACCAAAUGCGGGUAACAAGAACGCUGUCGUAGUUCUGGCGAACUAUGGACCCGACCUCGGGCAAGGAGGUUUUAAUAAAAAUCUCCAAGGAGUCCAAUUGGUGAAUAUCUCACUAUCACUCCUUGGAAUUGCGCAAGGUCAACCCAAUGGAGCACCCGGUUGGAGCGUACGCAGAGUUCUUGGGGGAGGUGGCUCCGGUGGCCCUGAUCACGGUGAUCUUGGGACAACAAGAUCAUUCCUUGCAUCGAACUUAGGUCCUGGUGAGAGUGUUCUAUACUAUCUCACCGCUACUGAUUGA